AAGUAAGAAAUGUUUGAAAGAACCCUGACAAUAGUCUAUUAUCCUGAACCCUGAGAAAUCUAGGUUUUAUGUAUCCAGUAUUCACCAUAAGAAGAUGAGAUGUGUUGCAUCAUGUUAACUGAGAGGUUGGGGUUUGGUGAAUUACAGCUCUGAUAUCACCAGUACCCUGAGAAGAUGAGGUUUGAUGUAUCCUGUACCCUGAGAAUACUAGGUCUAUGGUUCCAUCUUUCCAUCACUGUAGAAACCUUCAGCAAAUCUAAGAUCAUGUGAAGAAUCACGAAACCUCUCGAGCCACUGGCCUCGAAUACAGACUCGAGGAAGAACAACAUUGUUGGUUCGGGACAGGAGGAUUCAAUUUAACUCCAGGUUUGGGACAGGAGGAUUCAAGUUUAACUCCAGGUCUGUUUUCUGGAAAAGAGAAAAGAACGAAAAACCUUAAUUAAUUAAUAUUUUAAAAAGUGCAAAAUGGCGGAGAUGUCGGAUCAGGCCGGGUCUGGGUCUGGGGGUGGCAGAAAUGUAAUAACUGACGAUUUUAUCAUGCAGUGGAAACUGCGGCGGCUGUGCGGGUCAACUGAUGACGAAGAACUAAAGGAAUGCGCCAGCUUGUGCACUAUACAUCAGGGCAGAUUUGAAGAUAUCUGCUCAGGUGGUGACCAGGUGCUUCAGGAUGUUGUCACUUUUGCUACUUCAAUCGCUACAGAGCUUGCUGAUUGUGAUCCGCUGUCUACUUGGCAGAAUUCUUCAAAUUGUGUUAAUCUAACAACAGUAGAUCCAUUGAUCUCUCCAGUUGAUUGCGGACCAGCAUGCUGGCCUGCUCCAUUUGGUAUGGCUUUGACCGUCCUGAUCGCCGUGUCAAUGGCAAUUUGUAUUGUCGUCACUACAUUUGGAAAUCUGCUCGUAGUUAUCAGUUUUGCAGUUGACCGGCAGAUAAGGCAGCCGACCAAUUACUUCAUAGCAUCUCUAGCUAUAACUGAUAUUCUCAUAGGCACCGUCUCAAUGCCUUUCUUUACGGUAUACGUUCUGGUCGGCUACUGGCCCAACGAGCUGGGACCUAUUCUCUGUGAUCUCUGGCUUUCAGUGGACUAUACAGUGUGUCUUGUUUCACAAUUUACAGUGUUGUUGAUUACCAUAGACCGGUUUUGUUCUGUAAAACUAGCAGCACGGUACAGAGCUUGGAGGACUGGAGAUAAGGUGAUGGUGAUGAUCAUGUUAACCUGGUUCAUCCCUGCAGUUCUCUUCUUUGUCAGUAUAUUCGGGUGGGAGCACUUCAUCGGAUACAGGGACCUCAACCCCGGGGAGUGCAUGGUACAGUUCUUAAAGGAUCCUGUAUUCAAUACAUCCUUGAUAAUUGGUUACUACUGGAUUCCUCUCUGCUUUCUAUUUAUUCUCUACAGCUUUAUCUUCCAUGCUGCUUGGUCUUUAACUAAGAAAUCAAAGACCAAGGAGAAAGAGAGAGAGAGGGCAAUGGCAAUGGUGACCACCAGCCGAACCGGUAACUCUUCAGCUCCUCUUAUCACUCAUAAAGUGAGCACCGUAUCCCAGCCUGAUAGGAAACCUUUACAGUCUGAUGUCCUUGUCUCCCAAAAUGGUCGGACUCAGACUGAAAAAACAGUUUUCGAAGAGAAGAUUUCAAAAGAUGAAGACUCCAGGCGAACUGUAAUAUCUGUUCGGAAUCAUGCUGGUAUUCACAACCCAAUCAUAAACCACGCCCCUGCCGUUAGCCACUCCCCUGGCAACGGUCAUAAUUCUAUCAACGGUCACACCCCUGUCUCGGGAGCAGGAGUAGGGGAGGGGAAAUCUGUUCAACAACAACAACCUAGAUCAAAUCAAGUUGAGCCUCAGAGUUCAACCAGUGAGUUUGGAUCAGAAUCCGGAGUCGGAGCUAGCCGAUCCUUGACUAGACCUGGAGCAGUUAAUAAACGUGAGUCUGGAGGUAAAAGUAUGGUUAGUGUUGGAUCAGGACCUGGAGCAGAGGAAAAUAUCCAUCCUGGAUAUCGUACUGUCCCCAGAAAUAUGUACAGGAGAAAAUCCGGGAAUUACAUAUCUGUACCUCUUCGCACCGCUACUGUACCAUACACCAAUACUGGCCGGGGGUAUGAUCCUCCUAGUACAGUUGAUGAAGGAGAGUAUAGUUCUGUACAGAACAGUGCUAGUGGGGGUGGUGAGGUAUCAGCUAGUGGGUACAGUUCUAUUUCUCAUUCAGAAUCCACUGCUCAUUCACCAGGAGGCGGAAGUUCAAGUCAAGAAAGGCCGAAAUAUCUAGAUAUAAGGCCAAUGUACAGCGUCAAGUACAGCAAGAGAAAAGAAACAAGGCUACCUGGGGACAUCUCACCUCCAGAUGACGUCACGAGACAGCUCAUGGAUAUUCUUAAACAGUCAAACUAUAAAGAUAAUUCCUCAGAUUCAGAGGACAAUACCUCAAUACAAGAUGGAUAUAGCGUGCGAGGUGGAAGAGAGGAUCUGGGAACUAGACGCGGCAGAUCUCUCGGAAGACGACCUCAACACCGUCGAUACAGAUCCUACUCCACCCACUCCUCCCAGAGUGAAGGAUUACCGCCCCUGAGACCGGAUCCAACUGCUCCACCCACCUCAGUGGACUCUCCUCCCAGGUUCUCCUCUGCUACACUACCGCCACCUAGAACAAAAAUGCACGCGGCAUCAACUCAAACUAAGCGCAGGGCACAUGACAGCAGAAGAAGAAGACAUUUUUCCGGUGUUCCUAGUUCCUCAUCCUGCAGAUCCUCACCUAGGCAUACAUCAACCAAGUCGACGUCUCCCAUCACUUUGAACCCAACCUGCCUGUCGAAUAUAACGAAUAGUAGGAAGGGAAUCCCGGAUUACUAUGUGAGAAAUAAUCUUCAAACUCAGGCUGUAAUUGAUUCUAGAACAGACAAUAUUAAUCUUCGCAAAGUGUACACAUGUAAAGCUGGACCGUGCUGCAAAAAUGCGCAAAACAAAUCAAACAUGGCGGCGCCAAAACUUACCACGUGCCAACUGCCACCAUGUUCAAAUCCAUCGUUUGAAACAUUUGUUGCAGCUCGUGCAAGUGUGUAUGAAGGAAAUGACAAAGAAAUGUCGGUGAUAGACAUUUUGAAUGAUAUCAAGACAUCAGAAAAUAAAAGUAAAAGCUACCAGGAGGAAAGAAGGAAUGUAAACAUGAACACGUUUUCCAAACCUGUGGUUUGUCCUAAGCCUCCUACUCUACCUAAACCACAGAUUCGAUCUGUAACAGCUGCCACACAUAUCCAACCUUCAACCACAAGAGCCACACAGGAACCACACGUUCAUCAUCAUAAUCAAAUAGAAGAGAAACAAGUAAAAUGGAAUGGGGAGAACAGAGUUGAAAACUUUGUCGAGCACAGAGAAGGCGCUCCAAAGGAAAACCAGGGUCCCCACGGGUCCAAGGGGGUCCAGGGCCCAGAAAGCCAUGAGAUGGUUAAACAAGGGCGGGUCCCUGGACUAACUGCAGGGGAUAAACCUUCAGAAAGUGGUGAUGGAACAAGUAUUAGCCUCCACGAAAUACAACAGGUGGAUGAAUCCAAGCAGUUUUCCAAUGCCGGGAGCACCACCAGAGAAGAUUGGGUGAACAGAGUUGGAAAUAAGAUAAGGUUUAGGAGGAAGAAAAAGGAGAAACUGAAAACAGAGAAUAGGGCGAGGAAAGCUCUAAAAACAAUAUCUCUUAUCUUAGGUGCGUUUGUGACCUGUUGGACCCCCUACCAUAUACUGGCUAUUGUAGCUUCCUUCUGUCCAAAUUGUAUUAAUGUACAUGUGUACAUGCUCUCAUACUUCCUCUGCUACGCGAACAGUCCAAUGAAUCCGUUCUGUUACGCGGCAUCCAAUCAGCAGUUUAAGAACACUUUCAAGAGAAUAAUUCGAGGAGAUCUGUCCUUUAAAUAAUAUAAUUCGAGGAGAUCUGUCCUUUAAAUAAUAUAAUUCGAGGAGAUCUGUCCUUUAAAUAAUAUAA